AGUUUUUGGUGAUUAAAUAUUACGCGUGAUAAAAUAUGGACAAAGCUGAAGCCACAAAGCACAAAACAGGAAAAAGUUGAUUUUCAUCCAAAACACAAACGUCAGUCUGUGUGGUUGAGAUCGCGAGAAUGGCUGCUGCUGCUGGUAGUGAAGCGGUGCUUCGGUCGAGUGCGAACGAUUCGGACGAUGACGGAACCAAACUGUUGGCUAUUUUCGUUCUCGGAGUGGGCAGUUUGGUGUGCGGGUUGAUUCCCGUCUACUGGACCAGACAACGGAGCAAACCAACGCUGAUUACCGUUCUGCUGUGCUUCGGAGCGGGCGUUUUGCUGGCUACCGCCUUGGUUCAUAUGCUGCCCGAGGUGCGGCUGCUGCUGCCCAAGUACGCAGAAGUGAUGUUCUGUGCCGGGUAUUUCCUGAUCUAUGCCGUCGAGGAACUGGUUCACCUCUGUACGCCCGGUGGUGGCGGCGGUGAUGGAGAAGACGUUUGCGGCCGAUUUAGUUGCUGCAGUGGGGAGACAGUGGCGCUGAUUAACAGAAGCCAUUCUACCAGCACAAGUAACAGCGAAGUAGAAAUCUGCCCGCCCCCAGCCGAUGGCGACUCCGACGCUGGAACCGGUACGUUCAGCCUGCUGCUGGCGCUCUGCGUCCACUCACUGCUGGAAGGCUUGGCCAUUGGCGUGCAGACCUCCUCAGCCAAGGUCCUCCUGCUGCUGGGUGCCGUCAGUGCACACAAAUUUGUGGUUGCCUUCUGUCUGGGAGUGGAAGUAAGCUCUCACCAGGGCAGCCGCCGCAGUUCCAGCUUGGUGCAGAUUGUAAUCUUUUCGCUGGGCUCGGUCAGUGGCAUCGCAAUCGGAAUGGCACUGGGAAACUUGGACGAUACCUUCAAUCAAUUGGUGAUACCGGUGCUGCAAGCAGUUGCCGGUGGAACGCUGCUCUACGUGACAGUGAGUGAGGUGCUACCGCGGGAACGGAGCAAAAAGAAGUCCGGAGCGCUGGAAGGGAUUUGGCAGCUGGUGGCGAUGAUCGGUGGCUUUACUGUGAUGUCUUUCUUGAGCAUGGCAAUAUCGGAAGGAUGAAUUCUAGCGUAUGAAGUUUAUUGUUUUAAGAGAAAAUAUAUGAGUUUGUUUGAAAAA